AUGGCCUUUGUUUCGUUUGCGAUAGCAUACAUGACGAAUCUUUAUUUGAUAGUUAUGCUGAUAUACAUAAGCAACUUGGCGGUUAUAGCUAUACUUGUGGAAAUACUGUCCCAACAAAAACCUCCUCCACCUGUACCUCAGGACUUGAAGCCGAUGGAAACGGCGCGACCACCGCCUUCUCAGGAUAAGUCAUCCGAGAACACGGACCCUCAUCCAAUUCAACCAAGAAUCGCAAGAUCUGUGCUUUACAUAGACGCCACACAGGAAAUCGACACAGGGAAUGAUCAAAUG